UAUGAAGAAAACUUUUCCGUGUAAAAGAAAACGUCAACUGGAAUUUUUAACUUUGAUUAAGAAUUUUAUGCAAUUUUUUACAUAGUUUGAAAAAAUCUUUACUAUAUCAGAUUUUAGAUUUAUAUUUAGUUAAAAAUAAAUCUUCCAAAGGCUGCGUUUUACAAAUGUGAAUAAUGUUUUUGAGGCUGUUUUUACUGUUAGUAUUCCUGGAUCAAGCUAUACAAAACAAACCUGCAACUUAUGAAGAAGGAUAUUUAGAUAUUUAUAACAUUCCUGCAAAUAAAUGGAAUAAAAGUGAUAUUGUUUUUGCAUUAAAUUUGCCGUUUCAACUCUGUCAAACAUGUAAAAACAAGCAUUCAGGAAGUGGAUACAACACUGCAAAAUACUAUGCUGCUGCAGCAGCAGUCGCUGUAGAAGACAUAAAUAAUAGCAAUGAUAGUUUACCUAACCAUAAGCUUCGAUAUGUUUGGGACUUUAAUGAAACAGAUACUCAUUGUUAUGAACCUGAUGCUAUAAAGGCACAAUUCAAGCAGAUUUCUAUUGGUGUUCAUGGAUUUAUUGGUUAUGCCUGUAGUUGUCUAACUGUUGCAAAGAAUGCAGCUGCUAUGAAUUUACCACUGAUAUCAAUGAGUUGCGCUGAGCCAAGUUUGUCAGAUAAAAAUGAUUAUCCUACAUUUGCACGUACUUCAUCUCUUAAUCUGGAUUCUGUUUUAAUGGUUGAAGCAUUGUUGAAAAAAUUUAACUGGAACAAGAUUGCUGUAAUUUAUGAAAAAAAUACACUAUGGGAACCAAUGUUUAAAGAAUUGCAGCAAAUAAGUAAAUCAAAUGGUAAGUUCUCAAUUGAGCUAGAGACUAGUUAUACAAAAGAAGAAGCUUAUGAAAAAGAAAAAGAAAGUAUUGAACACAUAAUUGAACCAUUUCUAAAAGCAUUGCCUCAAAAAGCAAGAAUUGUUAUUCUAAUGAUUGACAAAGGGUAUCUUCGUUCAUUUUUAUUAUCUGCUUUUACUGAAAACUUGACUAAUGGAGAGUAUGUUUUCAUAGCAGUACAUCCCUUUGUUGGCAUGGAAAAAUUAUUUCAAACGCAUUCUUUUACUGCCGUACAUGCUUGGUUUUUGCCUUGGAAAGGCGCUGUUGGAAAUAACUUGUAUGAUCCAAUUAUACUAAGAAAUAUGAUGAUAGCUUAUCAAUCAGUACUUAUCCUACAGCCUGAGAUUCCUUUUGUAAAUCAAACAGGAAACGAAGAGUUUAAAAAGUUUCAAGAUCGAGUUAUUGUUGCAAUGAAGAAACCUCCAUUCUUUAUUGAUGGCUUAGAUUCAAUAAAUAAAUCAGCUAUACCUACUAGACCUCCUGAAGAAGCUCAAAGAUUAUAUGAUGCAGUAAAACUUUAUGCCUAUGGUCUUACUGAAGCCAUAAAAAAUAAUGAAGACACUCGAAAUGGAGUUGCUAUUAUCAAUCAUUUAAAAGGAAAAACGUUUCAAAGUGUAACUGGCUCUAGAUUUGUUGUCAACUCAAAUGCUGAUACACAAGUAUACUUUAAUGUUUUGCAAUUUCAAUAUGAUGACAUUGAAACUGAACUAAUGAUUCUUCAAGAUGAGAACAAAAAAAGAGAAGGGGAUGUUAUGUUGAAAUGGCAUCCAAAAAAAAUUUACUCAAUAUAUCCUAACUGUAGCAAUCGCAACUGUUCCUCAUUUACUCUGGAAAGGAGUCCAUCAAAUCCAGAACCCAAGUGGAUUAUUGGCCAUAUACCACACGAUGAACCAAAAUGUGGUUUCCACAAUGAAAAAUGUCAAGUUAAAGAUUCAAAAAAUAGUACCUUACUUGGAGUUACCAUUGCACUAACAGUGUUAAGUGUGAUAUUUUUGGUUGUGCCAAUUUUUAUUUUCAGACAUAUCCGAUUAGAAAAGAAAAUUUACAGUAAACUUUGGAAGAUAGGUCCUGAAGAACUUUUUUUUCAUGAUUGGAAAUCAGUUUCCUACACCUCUUUGGGGACUCUGACUAAUGUUGAUUUUGAUGCAUCCAAUCGAUUUACUCCUUGUGCAUUUUACAAAGGAAGUUUAGUUGCUGUCAAGAAGAUUGAAAAAAAAAAUGUGGAGUUAAAUAAAAAUGUACUAAUGGAGUUGCAGCAAAUUCGUGAUGUGCGCCACAAUAAUCUGAACCAAUUUAUUGGUGCUUGUGUAACAUCAGGCAAUAUAUUCAUUGUAACACAGUAUAACUCAAAAGGAAGUUUACAGGAUGUACUCGAGAACCAUGAAAUUAAAUUGGAUACACUGUUUAUUUUAUCACUUAUUAAUGAUAUUAUAAAGGGCAUGUCCUAUCUGCAUUCUACUGAUAUCAAGUCCCAUGGUAACCUAAAAUCUUCAAAUUGUGUUAUUGACAGUCGAUGGGUGCUAAAAAUAACUGAUUUUGGUCUAAAUGCAUUUCGUGAAAUCCAAGGACACACUUUAUCUUCUGAGCCAGCCAGUAAUUUGCUUUGGAAAGCGCCUGAACUUCUUUGUGCUAAUGUUUCAUCAACAUCUCGUGGAACACAAAAAGGAGAUGUGUAUAGCUUUGGUAUCAUUUUACAAGAAUGUCACACAAGAGAGGGAGCUUGGGGAGACUUUUCAGGAGAUCCUCGGGUUAUUAUUGAAACUGUGAUGAGGAGAACAAAACCUCCUUUUCGACCACUUGUUCAAAACCUUUUGGAGGGUGCAGAGGGGCUUCGUGAUGUUAUGAAAAGAUGUUGGAGCGAAGUGCCAGAAGAAAGACCCAGUUUCUCAGAACUUCGAAGAGAGAUUGAGUUAAUGAUGAAGAGUAAUGGAUUAAAAACAAAUAUUUUUGAUAACAUGAUCUACAUGAUGGGAAAAUAUUCAGAUGGGUUAGAAGAGCUUGUAGAAGAACGAACUGAGUGCUUGCGUGAGGAAAAACAGAAAGUUGAAGCUCUUUUAGAAAGAAUGUUACCCAGAAGUGUUGCUCUUCAGUUGAUGAAAGGGAAAGAAGUUGAGGCAGAGUCCUUUGAAAAUGUUACUAUUUACUUCAGUGAUAUUGUAGGUUUUACAAAACUAUGUUCUUCCAUAACUCCAAUGGAGGUUGUUGCUCUUUUGAAUAGUCUUUAUACAAUGUUUGAUCAGGUCACAAAAGCCUAUGAUGUUUACAAGGUUGAGACAAUUGGAGAUGCUUACAUGGUUGUAAGUGGGUUACCUAUUCGGAAUGGUACUCAUCAUGUAAAAGAAAUUGCAUUAUUUGCUAUUGCUAUACUUCAGAAAGUAAAAACUUUUAAAAUUCAACCAAGUCAGGAACCCUUGCUGGUCAGAAUUGGAAUUCAUACAGGUCCAGUUGUUGCUGGAGUGGUGGGAACAUCAAUGCCUCGAUACUGUUUGUUUGGAAAUACAGUAAACAUGGCAUCAAGAAUGGAAAGUACUGGUGAAGCUUUACGAAUUCAAAUCAGCAAUCAAACAAGAGAUUUUCUUAUGUCUUGUGGAGAAUUCGAAAUUAAACCAAGAGGUCUUACAGAAGUUAAGGGUAAAGGUCAGGUUGAAACCUAUUGGCUAACUGGUGUAAAUGAUAUCUUAAAUGGUAACCAAUAUUCCUUAAAAAGGCGAAAUACUGAAAAUGUGUAUACUCAACCAGAUGAAAAAACUUUUCAUAAACUUUUAAGAGAGUCACCAAAAUUUCGGCAUAGAGUUCACUUGACUCCUGAAUAUUUACCAAAAACUCCAUCAUUUUCGAACAAACCUAAGAAACGUUACUCAAAUGACAAACGGUAUUCUAUUGAACUAGGUAGCAUAUCGCCAGAACAAAUGAACUUAAUAAGACCUCGUGUCUCAACAUUUCAUUCUCCUCUUCAUAGCUCUGCAACUAAUAGUCCUGUGAUAAACAAUAGUCUACCUGCUAGUCCUACAUACAUAUUAUGAUAAAAUAUGCUAAUUAUUCGUAAAUAUUUUCAUAUUGAAUAACUCGUACAGCUUAUCUCUUUCAUAAAUCCAUUAUAUAUAUAUAUAU